AUGUCCAUCGGCGAAGUUGCCAACCGUGCGGCCAGCAGCAUUAUUGCUGGACCGGAGGACCUUUCAGAACAGGAGAAUCACAGCUUCCAUGACCUUCUGCAAGAGUGGUGUAAUGCCCGACCUUUCUCUGGAACAACCGCGCAGGUCAUCUCGGACAAGAUACAAGAGUCAAUCUUUGAAAAGGUGUCCAGUCUCUGGGACUCAGAUGCCCACAUGAUCACCAUACCUGUUUUGAACGUCAAAAAACUUAAAGCAACGUCUGUAGCUGCUGGCUACUUUAUCACGAACCUACCUGUCACGCCUUUGAAAAGCGAGGUCAAGACUUUAUAUAUGAGUGUCAAGUUUGAACCCAACUCGCAAGGCAAGGACUUCGAGACUUGCUGGAAAGAUGAGUGUGGCCUGACUGUGAGCUCCGAGUUCGUCCGAUUCAAGUAUGGAGUCACGAAGGCGAAGGCCAUUGUCAACUUGGAUAAGUGCGAGGAGCUCGCGUCAACAGGUACAACUCGGAACUCAUCAUUCCCCUUGCACGAAUGCGUACCGUCCGGUUCGCUAAGGAGGGCACUGGCAACCCCCCGCGCAUCCCACAUGAGUUACGUGUCAACCAGCGGACACUGA